AUGGCUGAUGCAGAGAGGGCUGAGCUUGAUCGCAUUUUCAAGCGUUUCGAUGCCAAUGGGGAUGGCAAAAUCUCUGCAACAGAGCUCGGUGAUGCAUUGAAAACACUCGGCUCUGUCACGGCGGAGGAAGUUACAAGGAUGAUGUCUGAGAUUGAUACCGAUGGCGAUGGCUUCAUUUCCUAUGAGGAGUUCAAUGAUUUCGCCACUGCCAAUCGCGGCCUAAUGAAAGAUGUUGCUAAAAUUUUUUGA